CCCAAUCCCAAAGACGAAGAAGAAGGUGACCAUGAGUGGCUGGUGAACACAACGCAAAUAGGAAUUAUAAAAUUAGUUCAUGCUCUUCUUCCAUCGCGGGUUACCGUAACAUUGCAGCAUUUUACACAUGUCGGUGAAAGAGUCACAUAACGAGAAUUUGAGGCAUAUUUUUAGAGAUUGCAGUCGGUUGAACCUGCCUGGGGAAGGAAUCGAAGGUUUUCAACAAGGGUAGGCGUUUGAUAACUAGCAACGUUUAAGGGAUAUCAGCGGUAGCCUUGUCUUCAUAGCUAUCGAUAAAAGCAUACAGUGGCCAUGGACCUGCAAAAUAAAGAUAUCCUUCCCAGAGAGAUUCUGCCAGUUGUUGUCAUCGGUAACGGCCCCUCGGGCAUCUGCCUGUCAUAUCUGUUGUCAGGUUACACCCCCUACCUGUCUCCAGAGGGCACUCACCCUAACCCCCUACUGCAAGGCAAGCUGGAUCAACAGCCUCACCUGUCACUGAUGGAGCUGGACCUGGAGUACCUGUGUGAAGGACUAGAGGGCCGCUCCUCCAACCCCGUGGCUGUGCUGUUUGACUCCCUGCUCCUGCCCGACAGUGACUUUGGGCUGGACCAUGCCUCACCCCUGCUUUGGCGCUAUGAACCGGAGCGGGCCACCCCACACCUGGUGCUUGGCAAAGGACCCCCAGGAGGAGCCUGGCAUGCGAUGGAAGGCUCCAUGCUCACUCUCAGCCUGGCUAACUGGAUGGAACUGCCCGGCCUGAAGCUUAAGGAGUGGAUGAGAGAAAAGCGCAGAAACGUCCGUAACGACAGGGCCACCCCCGCCGAGAUCGCUUCCUACUACCAGCACUAUGUCAACCAGAUGGGCCUGGAGGACAGCUUCGCCUGCGGCACCACCGUCACCUCCAUACAGAGGGUGAACUGCGAGGGGGCCAGCGGCCGUCCCUUUUGGAAAGUCCAGGGGACCCAGAAGAGGGAGGCUGACGAGCUGGGGGAAGGAAGUCUGUCAGAGGUCCCCUUUACAGUGUGCGCAGACUACGUGGUUCUGGCCACGGGCACCCAUGACAUCCCGGCCCGUCUGGGUGUGGAAGGCGAGGGUCUCCCCUUCGUGUGCCACAGCUUCUGGGAGCUGGAGGCAGCAAUCUCCAGAGGCCAGCUGGACCACACCUCAGACCCGGUACUGGUGGUGGGAGCCGGGCUGACAGCGGCCGACGCUGUCCUGGCAGCUCACCACCUUAACACGCCUGUGUACCACGCCUUCCGGCGCUCUGUCACCGACCCAGGCCUCAUCUUCAACCAGCUUCCCAAGCUCCUCUACCCCGAGUACCACAAGGUGCACCAGAUGAUGACCCAGCAGCAGCAGCAUGGACAAGACAUCCCCAACUCUGGGGGAACGGGCACCCCGGUGGACCAACAGGAAAACAACACCGCCUCCAUGUCUAUUGGCUCCUACCCAGGCUACGUCAGCCUGCCCAAACACCGGGUGGUGGCCUUCAAGCCUGACAGGAAGUGCGUGCUGGAGGGGGAGGACGGAUGUCGCACCGUGCUGCAGGUCUCCAUGGCCCUGGUGCUGAUUGGCGCCCACCCCAACCUGUCCUUCCUCCCUGAGAACGGACGGCCCCUCGGCCUCAACCCCCAGGAGCCAAUCACGUGCCGGCGGAACCCCCUGGAAGUUGACCCCUACACGUACGAGUCGGUGUCAGAGGGGGGGCUGUACGCCAUGGGGCCUCUAGUUGGGGAGAACUUUGUCCGCUUCCUCAAGGGGGGUGCUUUAGCCAUCGCUAGCGACCUCGCCAAGAAGCAGCGGGCCAAGGAGGAGAAUCGCACCACCCUGCGUGUGUCCUAGACUCUUAGGGGUUAAGGGUCGUGACAGGAGUAAACUGCUCCUAAGGCCUGUAUUAUUAUUAUGUAGGCUGGUCAGCUCAGGCUAAAAGACUGAAGCGCAAUCUGUGACAAUACGACCUGCACUAGUCCCAAUACUCCUCAAAGGAUAUUGCCACUUUCUCUGGCUCCGCUGAGAGAUUAAUUAAAUCUUUUUACCAGGGCAGGAGAGUAGGUCAGGUUGAUGUGUAGCUAAUCAUAUGGUGCAAGGGUAGAAUCAAUGUCCUUAUAGAGUACCACAGUAUGAGUCAUAAUACCCAUAGAACAUGGCGGUCAAACAGGCGAAUGGCUCCAAUAGUUUGUACACCGUUCAUUUAUCCCAUAGAUGGAUUUUAGAAAUACUAAAAGAAAUUGGCCAAAUGUAUUUAAGUGGACAAUUCUGUGAACUGACUUUGUAAUUUUAAAUUGACACAAUACCUUUUAGCAAAGGUGUCAGCUAGAGAUUUGUAGUUUUGCAGGGAUUUGUAGUUUUGCGUGAUGUCUGCUUUGAUGCGAAUUAGUAUUUUCGAAUCAGUAAAUAGGACCUAAUAUAUUGAUAAAAGUCACCUUGUCCUAGAGAGAUUUACAUGGUUAUCCAAGCGUCACGCCAGGGAAAGCCUACACGAAACACAGCACUUAUUUUAAGUGUUUCUAAAAUCCCCUAUGGGGAAAAAUGUAUGGUGGGAAAACAAUUGGAGCCAUUUCCCUGUUUGACCACUAGAUUUUAUGGGUAUUAUAACACCUCUACUGUGGGGCGCUAUUUGGUUCCUCAUCUAGUAUGCUAGCCCUAUACUACAAAUGUAGUUUGAGUUAGCAAGGUAACUGAGUUCAACUUGGGAUACCUUGAAAGUGACUCACCUUGUUGCCAGGUAAAUGUUCUAGGACCACGAAUCCUUCAGAACUAACCUUCUCCAGGGCAGGUUAACUCGGGUCUAACUACAUUUAUCCUGAAUUAAGUGUCUUAGCCACGAGUUGAGGACCAAUAAAAUCAGAUUCCCUCACUCUUGCCAAGAUUGCGUCAUCAUCCACUUAAUUUGAGGAAGACGACUGAUUUUAAAUAUUUAUUAAUAAAUUGUUUUUGUUAAAAAAAUAGUAAUUUUAAAAUACCUAUCACAUUACACAUUAAGUAAUGACAAAUGCAUUUGAAACGUCACGUACAGUAAAACCUUUUUUGACUUAAUUCAAUUAUUUUAUUGAUGGGAGUGUGUAAUAAAGGUGCUCGUGCAUUGAUAACCACAGCAAAGUAAUAAAAUAAAGACGGCACUCCUAAAAGUCUAUUUCACACAACAGCCUGCUGAAUUUGCUUAACUUUUCGGCACAAAUUAAAAUGCCACUGACUUGCCCAUGGAUUGAUGUUUCUGCAUUGUCCCAAUGAGGAGUUCAGCGUUCAACUAGCCACGAGCGACAUGCACUUAUAAGCCUGCUAGAGUUCGCGGCAGGCGGAACGGCAAUAUCCACCGUCGUAGUACGGAUGAAGCCUGAGCUGAAAUGGGAAAACCCUGUGUAGCUAUAGGUUGCUUUGUAGUAUAACCCUCAUGUUAAUGUUUGAAAACUCAAACGCCAACGUAACUUCUCAGCUAAACCUUUGAGAUGAGCUCUUUUGUUGCAUUGGUUUUCCAUUGUAAAUCCUUUUUGAAAGUGUAGAAACACAUUACAUUUACCAUACCAUGACGUUUGAUGGAUUCUCUGAAAUGAGAAUGGUAUUGUGUUAAUUUAAUUUUUACGGACCUGUAUGUUUGCCUUUCUUCAAUAUCCAAUGAAAAAUUAAGAAUCUCUGUACAAUAAUUAUCCCAAUGUCAGCAACUGUGUCUAUAUUAGCAUCUUUCACAAACAAGAUAACUCAAGCUUGCCAAGCUGAGUUUUUUGUUUUAUCAUUCCUGGUAGUUUUUCAAUCUGUUAGACCUUAAAUGUAGCUGUUUAUUCAAUAUUUUUAACCAGAUUAUAAGUUUAAGAGGGGGGGGGGG